GGAUUAAUUUCAGUUACUCAAAGAUGCCAGAAGAAAGUGUAAAUAGUACAAGAGAAUUUCGUUGUCAUAAAUUAAGAACAAAAUUAAUUUUAAUUUAUCUUAUAAUUUUUGGUUUUCGUUCUGCUAAUUCCGAAAUGUAUGAAACAAAGCCGGUUGUUUUUCAAUUUCCAGAAUAUCAUUAUAAAGAAACCAGCAAAAAUGAAUUAACGUGGCGUGAAGCUGAGUCAAAUUGUGAAAUCACCAAUGAAUGUGAACAAAUUUUGGAAUCAUUACAAAAAUUAGAAUGUAUUAGAAAGUGCAUAUCACCAUCUUGCUACCACGAAAUUUAUGCAUUUGACGAGCUUGAAAGGGGUGAAAUUGAUGUCAGGUUAAAUUCUUUCAAAGGAUGCUUUAUACAGGAGAAUGCGAGUCAUUUAAAUUGACUUUACGCAUAUUGUUAUUCAUAUUUUGUUGAUUUUUUAAAACUUUUGUAUUCAUUUUAAAUAUAAGCACAAAUUUAUAUAGCUCAAUAUUUGACAUAGAAAAUUUUUAUCCAUAAUAGAAUCAAUAUAAUUUAUAACAGUUAUAAAAUUUUCAAAUAAAAUUUCCAAGACUA